AUCACAUCGCCAUCUAGCGCACGCCGACCUCCCAUGAGCCCCGCAAGCCUUGCCGAAAUCUCUGUCUGGAUUGACGCUGUCGAUUCAAUCCCGCAAGACGUGCCCUACACCCCGACUGAUCGCUUUGCGCACGACAAUUACGAGAACCCGCGACCGGCGAAGAAGCGACGCAUCAUGGACGCCAGCUACGGCGACGACUUGGAGACGCCCCGUCCGCCCAAACGAAGCCGCGAUGUCGCUGCCGGUCCGCGUAUUCUCCCUCCUUCGCUGCAUCAGUUCGAGCCUCCCUCGCCGCGCAGAACCGAACCCGACGCCGCCGUCUCUGACACCGUCUCCCUCGAAUCACACAACAGCGGGCGGCUGAGCCCGACGAAGCAGCUGCAGGCUCUGGAGGACUCGGAGAACUCGCUUGUCUUCUGCAACUUUCACGAUCAUGAAGAGAACGAAGAAUGCGUGGAUGUUAUGAGAAUGCGGGACAUGAUAAGGGAGUUUGCAGACGGCAUCGGCAUCCUUGGGUAUGAUGACCUGGAGGAGGUAAUUCCCUUGAUAUUGGGCGCAGAAUGCAAACGCUUCCGGUAUUCGUGGGCGAACGACCCAGGGCAGCGCCUAUUGUACGGCUCGAUGCCCUCGAUGCGGCGCCUGCAAGAGCUUGUGACGGCUGGGUGGCGGCAUGAUCGGGGUACGGGGACCUCGGAGGACGAUUGGAACGCUAACGUUCAGUACCCUCUCAUCAAGCUUGCACACAAAACCAGCAAGUAUGCGGGUCAGCUUGCCGUCCAUGGCGUGAAAACCGUCAAGCUCGAUCCUCCGUGGCUUGCCCGCACCACCGAAGGCCUCCCGAAACACGUCAUCGACUACAUCGUCACGCUUAAACCCGAUACCCCCGCAAAGCAAGCCUGGCGCGAGCUCACCCCGCUUUCGCAAGCCAAGGUGAAGUCCUGGAACCACAUCACACGCGACCCUGUCCGCAGCCACCCCAUCGCCAUCAACAUCGAGACAAAGGGCCCCAACAAGUCGUGGACAGACGGCAAGCCGCAGAUCGCUAUAUGGACCGAUGCCUGGCUCAAUCGCCUGUCGUAUCUUCCGAGCGUGCCAACUGCGGCAUCCUGCCCUGCGAUCCCCCUGCUGAUCGCCCAGGGACACGACUGGCAUCUCCUCAUCAUCUCGCGGACGGAGGAGAAGACGACUAUCUGGGAACAGGUUGCUGUGGGCAGUACACGGACCUGCUUUGAUGCGAUGAAGGUGGUGGCUGUGCUGCAUUGGUGCAUGUGGUGGGCGGAGACAGUGUAGCGGCCAUGGUUUGCAUCCUUGAUAGCGUAGUAGAGGUGCGGCGAAUGAAUGGUCCUAACUACACGAUAUCCGCAAUGUGUAUUGCAUUUCCCUACUAGCAAUGUGACCUGCAGUAUUCACCGCGUAGUCCCAGCAUGGUGUAUACACCACUUCCGCAUUGUGAAGAGUAGGUCCGGAACGUCCAGGUCCAAAAGAG